CAACUCCCUCGUCUUCUUCAACUCCCUCGUUUUCUUCAACUCCCUCGUCUUCUUCAACACCCUCGUCUUCUUCAACUCCUUCGUCUUCUUCAACUCCUUCGUCUUCUUCAACUCCCUCGUCUUCUUCAUCUUUACCGACGUCCUUCCAAACGUCUAAGUCCCCGCUGCUUCCAUACAAUUUCUCGUCGCCUCCGCAAUCAACAUCCUCCCCCUCGUCUUCCCUCAGUAGUGGCCUAUCAAGCACGGGGCAGUCGUCAUAUGUUUCCCAUUCAUCCCCCGCAGUUUCGACGAAGACGACAUCGACGCCGAUGUCAAGCACGGCGUCAACAUCCUCCGCUACACUCACAUAUCCGUCGGGGACAUCUACAGGGAACCAUCGGGCCAUGCCCAAUUCAGAGAUUGCUGGCCUCGCCGUGGGGAUCGCUGUUUCGGCAUUGCUGGCUGUUGCGAUGGCUUGGUAUCUCAUACAGCACUGGAGACGUAUGCAGGCUGUGCCAACGCAAGACUCGGAAGUAUUGCCUCCCGAGGAUCCCGAGGGUGAGACCCCUAUGCUCAGAAAAAUUAUUGACUGACGUUCGUUGCACAGAAAUGAACGAGGACA